AUGUAUAGCUCCUUAAUAUUACUUGGACUCUUUCUAUCCAGUCUUCAUGCACGCCCUAUCUUAAACUCAGAGAGGUCGGCAACCAGAGCGUUCAAAUCGUGUGCAGGUAUAUGCCAAAAGGAGAAGCCUUUGCUCAAUGAUGAAGAGGAAUAUGGCUGGCUGGGUGUGGGGAAACCACUGGAAUAUUUGGAAUCUAAGCCAUUGUUAACAACACCGAUCGAAGUUAGUGAACUGGAACAUUAUGUUCCCAAUCUUACUCAAGAGCAAAACAUUGCUAGAUGGGCAUUAAGACAAGCAACAGCAGAACAAGUUGCACGGCUAGCCCUUAUGGGGCAAAGUAGUGAAGCCUUUACAGCACUCAUCUGGUUAAUCGGAAUCGCCGAAGGUAAGCCCCAAAAAUGGAUUUCAAGGGCAAAUAAAUGGGCCAAUUAUAGGGGUAAAUUACCAGAAGGUCUGGAAAGAGUUGCAAGUUUUAAUCAAAAUUUCGAGAAUGAUUACCAGUGGAUGGCAAAUAGCCGUGGAAAGCGUUUUGCAAGGCCAGAAGAUUCCGAUGUGACAGCCAUGGCUAUCUAUUUGGGUUCUGCCUUUUUUUCAGAAGGGCAAGAGAUGCCGAAUGAGAAACAUUACUAUAACAUAGCCCUAAUCGAGCGUAAAGCGUCACUUUGGUCAUCAUUCAAGUAA